GUAGCUCCUUUAGCCAACAGCUUCAAAACUAGCAGAGUUUUGUUCUUUGAGGGUUUGUAACAAGACACAGUCCUCAUUAUAAGAGUUCACACUACAACAUAAGAAAGAGCUGUAUAAAUUGGGAUCACAGUGUACUGUAUUGAUUUUUGGUAUUACACAGAGAUCUGCUCUCUGCUCUCCUGUCUUAAAGCCGAGCAACUCUGUGGCCUAUCUUCCUCCCUUGGCCCUAAAAUGACAGUAAUCUCUGCAAUCAGUUGUGCCUUCUUAUUUUUCAUUCUAUAUGAAACAAGUGCAAUAGCAUUACCCAAUUCCACUGACAUAUUCCUCUCAAACAAAAAUUUCACUGACAUUGAAGCAGCUUUGACAGUUCACUUGGACUCUGAAAAGAUCCCCAAAGUCAGGCGGAAGAGAUACAUUUCACAGAAUGACAUGAUUGCCAUCCUUGAUUAUCAUAAUCAAGUCCGAGGCAAAGUCUUUCCACCUGCUUCAAACAUGGAGUAUAUGGUUUGGGAUGAAACUCUUGCCAAGUCUGCAGAGGCUUGGGCUGCAACAUGCAUCUGGGACCAUGGACCUUCCUACUUACUGAGAUUCCUGGGCCAAAACCUAUCUGUAAGAACUGGAAGGUAUCGAUCCAUUCUUCAGCUGGUAAAGCCGUGGUAUGAUGAAGUGAAAGACUAUGCUUUUCCAUAUCCUCAGGACUGCAACCCUAGAUGCCCUCUGAGAUGCUAUGGACCCAUGUGCACACAUUAUACACAGAUGGUUUGGGCCACUUCCAACCGUAUAGGCUGCGCAGUCCACACAUGCCACAAUAUGAAUGUCUGGGGAUCUGUGUGGCGACGAGCUGUUUACUUGGUAUGCAACUAUGCCCCAAAGGGCAACUGGAUUGGAGAAGCGCCAUAUAAAGUAGGAGUCCCGUGUUCCGCUUGCCCUCCUAGUUAUGGAGCGGCUUGUACUGACAAUCUUUGUUUUCCAGGAAUAACAUCAAACUACUUAUAUUGGUUUAAAUAAGUUAACACAGGUUUACAUUAUUUUUAAAUAAUAUGGCUGAGAAACAAAAGCUUGUAUAUUGAAUUUUGCACAUAUUAUAUAUAUAUAUAUAUAUAUAUAUAUAUAUAUAUAUAUAUAUACACCCUUGUUUUUUUUAUAUGCUUUUGUAUAAUUAGCUUUCAGAGUACAGUAUAGAUUCAUUUUUAUCUCUUUGGAAUGUAUAACUAUAAUUCUCCAUUUCAGGCCAUGAUCAUGUAGAGAAGGAUAAUCUUAUAGCAUCUUAAGAAAGUAUAACUUCCUAAAGAAUAGGAGUACUUGUGGCACCUUAGAGACUAACAAAUUUAUUUGAGUGUAAGCUUUCGUGAGCUACAGCUC